AUGCCUGCCGACUUCGAAUACACCUUCGUAGGCUUCCCAACCCGCUAUUCCUCAUGGACAGCCCGCGCCGCCACGGUGCUAGAUUACUUCCAAAUCCCUCACAAGAAGGAAGUCUUCCACCUCAAACAGAGGCCCUAUCCCACCUCGCGACCUAUCCAACCCCCUUAUAAGGGUGGUCUCCUUCCCGCCCUAGUGGUGCAUUCUACUGGAACGGAGGCAUCAGACUUCACCAUCUACGACUCCCUUGCCAUACUCGAAUUCCUCGCCGAAACGCACCCGGAACAUCAUCUAUGGCCAGAGGAUAAGCAGCUGCGGGCCUUGGCGCGCAGUGCCACGGCGAAGAUGCACUCCGGCUUCACCACGCUGAGGGACGAGUUCGCGACCAACUUCAUUGCGAGGUAUCAGUUCACAGGUGAAGUGCCCAUGAGCGAAAAAGCCAAGAGAGAGUGCGAGGAGAUGGUGAAGUUGUGGAGCUCGUCUCGGGCCGCGACGGUAGAGAGGCUGAAGGCAUUGGGAAAGGAAGACGACGACGAAGGCUUUCUCUUUGGGAAGUUUGGAAUCGCCGAUGCAUUCUUCUGGCCAGUUUUAUGGCGUUUCCGCACCUACAACCUACCCCUAAUGGGCAUUAGUGAUCAAGGUUUGGAUUGGAUGGAAACGAUAUGGAAGGAUCCGAAGUUCAAGGCUAUCGGAAAAGAUUACUUCGCUCAGGCCGAAGAUCCAGCUAACACGGUGGAUCAUUACGACGACAUCUUCAAAGGAAACCCGGAUGUGAAGUAUGGGUCGUUUUCCGAGGACUGGGAGUUUGAACGUCCAACUGAACAAAGAUUCUAUGAAGAGGUAGUUGCCGUGCAAAUCCGACCGGGUUACAAUUUUCAGCCCCUCCGGAGAAACUAA